AUGUCUGAAAGCAUUGUGAGGAAGGUGCAGCCCUUCACCAUUGGGACAAGGCUGUCAACCCCCGCUGUGCCAAAAUGCCAGGAGUUUACACAGAAUUAUCUGCAGAGCCAGAGUUUGGAUAACUGCACAAUACAGCACAACCUGAACUCGCUCUACCUCAGUCAACCCCAGGUCUGUGCACAUGGCCCCUGUCUUGUCUCACCCAUUGUCAAGCAGGUAGCUCCUGUAAAAUGCAACCAAGAGCAUGCGGCAGCAGAGGACCACCUGAACCAGAACGUUGCGUCUCCCUCUGCUGUCUCGAGAUCCAUCAAGAAGAUCACAAUCUCUGGAAGUAAAGAAAGAUCAGAGAACAAGGAGGCAGUGGGACCAGCACAGCUUUCAAUCACAGGGUCCAUGUCUGAAAACAAAAAUAACAACAAUAAUGUUGCCAGCGCGCCAGAUCCACAUCUGCCCAGGAUUGUAGGAGUGAGCUGUGAGAAUAAGCCCAAUUCUCAAUUGAAGGUGUUAGUCAGAAAAGACAGCAGCAAUGUCUUUCAGCCCACGAACGGACACACCGGGGGGAAAGUGAACAGAGAGAAAUCCAUCCAGCAGAUUUCAGUGUCCGAAUCACAGAAAAAAGCACUUCCAAGGAAAGACAGUCACCUACGCACACAGAAUGAAGUGUCAGCAGCAGACACAUCCCAGACUGACAUCUUCACUCAGCGCAACUCGCUUUUCAACAAGGAGGUACUGCAGGCAGAGGCAUGGAUCAAAGGCAAGCUACAGGAUCUGAAAGAGGGCUGUAAUAUUCAGCGCUGCCCCCUGCAGGACUGGGAGGAGGCCUCACAAACUCUUCAGAGAGACCUCAAAGACUUUGAGAACACUCUAAUUCAACUCAACCAGAUGGGUGAGCAGUUGACCUGUAAGCAGAACCCCACAUCUGAUCUGGUAAAGAAGCAGCUUAGCCAGCUCAAGGACCAGUGGCAGACCCUGAAACAGAUGGCUGCAAAUCAGACAAGGGCCCUGGGUGGAGCUAAGAACCUGCAGGAGUUCAACAAAAAAGUAGACAAGCUGGAGGCAUGGAUUAAAGAAAAGGAAGAAGAGCAGUCUCUGAUGAAUGUCCUAGGGGAGAAUGUUGACAAAAUGCAGCUGACCCGGAGAAUUUUAGAUCUGAAACAGGAUGAACAGCUAUACAGCAACCUCCAUGAGGAGAUCAACUACUUGGCCCUAAAACUGGAGAAACAGGGGAAGACAGAUGGCAAAAACAUCUCCAGCAGGAGGAAGCACAUCAAUAAAUUGUGGCUGAAGGCCCAGUCUCAUCUAAAAAACUGCCAUGAAAAUCUUCAGCUGGCACUGGAGGUGUCCUCAUUCUACCAGCAGGCUGAUAAUACAUUGUUUGCUAUUAACAACCUGAGGAAAAGCAUACCUGCUUCCAAAGAACCAGAUAGCCUGGGAGACCGAGAAAUCCGUGACAUCGCCAGUCAGAUCAUGAUGCUGGAUGUGAGUGUGUCCCAGCUAUCUAAUCUCCAUCCUGCCCUGGCUGCUGGUGUCAAACAGAAGCAAAGUGAGGUGAAAGACUGCUGGGUGCAUCUUCAGAAGGUUUUCAGAAAUGACAGCACCCCACUCUGCCCCUCUGGCUCCACUUUCACUAGGGAAGAUGCUGACCCCUUGACACCAGCCCGAGAACCCCAGUGCAGCGUGGGAACAGAGACACAAAGGAUCAUGGGAAAGGAGGUAAAGGAGGAGCAGAAUCGUCUGAAAGGCUGUGUGAAUCCUGUUAAAUAUGGGAGGACACCAAGCAGCCAAAGCCAGGAGCAGCAAUCGGUGAACCACACUUCUUUACCCAUGGGAGAUAAAACUGCCUGUGCAAAUGAUGUCAUCAUCAGACAUCCACUGAAGGGGGAAAGCAGAAACCCUGGAGCAGAGCCCAAGCCUGCCACCACCCCGCGAGGCCACCCACAGCUUCAUAUGCAGCUUCAGAAGUUCACUGUGUCUGCUGACAAGACUCUGUCCUGGCUGAAAGAAAAUGUGUCCAUGGCCACACAGGUGUGUUCAAUUGCCAGCUUUGAUGGGCUGGAGGCUGCCAGGAAGUGUCAACAUGCACUGGAAAAAGAAAUCCUCACCAACAGAGCCAGGAUAGAGGUUGUCAAAAGGGAAGGCCGCGGGCUGGUCCAUGCACAGCAUCCAGGCAGUGCCAAGAUUGAGGAGUUCCUCAGCCAGCUGGAAGUCCUAUGGGAAGAGCUGCGGAGGAGGCACCAGAGGAAUACUGUGUUUCUGCAGGCCUCAGAGGAGCUGGGCUUUCGGGCUGUAAAAGUGCUCCAGGCCUUGAGCAGUAUGGAGGCCUGGUUGGAGACAGUGGAGCAUUCUAUGAAGGAAUCCACGCUCGCUGAUGACCCUGAGACAAUGAGCAUGGCUGAGAGGGAGAGUUGUGUCCUGCAGAAAGAGGUGGCAGCACGUGGCUUGGAGCUCAGUGCUCUGAGGCAGGAGGUGGACCAGCUCCAUAGCCACUGUCACCCACACACAAGAGGCCUGCCAGCACGCAUGGAGGAGGUGGAAAGAAAGUACCAUUAUGUCCAAUGUGCACUGACCCAGCAGAGCUCAGAGCUUCAGGACAUACGAAUGCUGACUGAGUUCCUGGAGCGUGUGGAACUGGAGGAGAGCCAGGAGCUAAGUGGCAGUCAGUACAGCCUGGGCCAGGCCAUCCAGGAGCUGAUCAGUGUGCAUGCUGGGGUGGCGGUGCAUGUGGAGGAGUGCUUGUGCUGUAGCAAAGAGCUCAGCCUGGAUAUUCUAGAGAAGGAGACAGACAUGGCCAUCCAGUGUGAGCCAGACCGCUGUGGCCUAGAGGCUCUGCAAGAGAAGCUGGACCACCUGGAGAUUGACUAUGAAGUCAUCAGGGAGGACGUAAAGGAGAUGGAGAACCAGGUUUCUCGAUUGAAGGAGCUGUGCCCAGAGAGGGUGCACGUACUCAGGGCAAAGAUCCAGGCUACGCUGCAGGCCUGGACCGAGCUGGGAAGGAGUGUGACGGAGAACAAAUCACGUCUACAAGAGUUUGUGCAGCUCCAAGAGUUCUUCAGAAGCUACCUUGCUAUGAUCUCAUGGACAGAAGACACCAGGUCAUGCAUUUUUUCAGAUGCCGCCUUGUAUCUCGGGAAAGACGGUCGUAAACCACUGGCUGCAGAGUUGGACACUCAGAUUGAGCAAAAGUUUGAGGAGUUUGAUGAGCUGGCGGCCACAGGCAGGAACCUUUUGGGCAAAGAACACCACCUCACACAGAUGGUAAGAGAGCGCAUGGAGGAACUGAGGAGUAUGCUCGGGUGGAUCUUGGUGCACUGGAGGGCUCAAAAACAACAGUGGCUUCACAAGAAGAGCCGACGGGAGCCUUCACAAGAUAACAUUUAUUCUGAGGUCACCAUGUGUUCCCCAUUAACAGAGAGUUCAGCUCCUGACAUAGACACCAACCAGUCCCAUCAGUCUGCAGUCACCACCACCAAUGCAGACAGAUUAAAGGAAGCAGGAGACAGCCAGCCCUCGUCUCUGCCAUCUAGACAGGCUGAGCAACAUGAGGAGAAGCAGUUAGAGGAUGGGUAUGAGGUCAUGAACAGUAUCGGACCACGGAGCUGUGAGGCUUCCUCAUCAGAGUCUCCUACACCCUCCAUUGUGGUGCUCAAAGAGCCCAGCAGCCCUGCUCUAGGGGACACAGUCAACCUCAUCCUUAGCUUUGGUAACAAAGGUGGCAGCCAGGUUCAGGUGCUUGACGUGCCUGCUAAGACGGAUGAGGUAGUGGAGGAGACCUCUGAGCCUGUCCACAGGGUAAGUACCUACUUGCAUGUCAAGGAUAACAACUUGGCUGUGCCCCCUGUGUAUGAGAGUGUCACUCUACCCCGCCAAAAGAGCCGCUCUGCAGCCUCAGACUCCCCUGCUUUCUUGCCAUCCUCUUCUUCCUCACCUUCUUCCUCCACGCCUAUGCCUCAGACAGCCAACCUAACCUUCCAAUCCCUGACAGGGAGUGGCAGCAGCUCCAUCUUUAGCAGCCUCAAGACAAUGGGCAAGAAGAGAAAGAGGAAGAUAGAUGCCCGCAGACAUACUAUCCAGAAAAUCUUGGGAGUUGAAGAGCAACCAGAAGGGAUGCCUCAUUAUGCCUGUGAAACAAUUAUAUAUGACACACGUACAUGGCCACUGAAGGAAGGCAGGAGGAAGAAGAGUUCACUGGAUAGUCCAGCCAGUGGGAAGCGAGUAGAAGCUACAGCCUAUAUGAAGAAUUCCCUGUUGAAGGCCAUUGAUACAGAGUGUUCAGGAGAAUACACUAUUACUCCAUAUGCUGUAUCAGAGGGGCCAACCACUUCUCCUUCCACAAGUCAGGUGAGAAGCCACUGCAGAUUCCUAUCUUUAGGCUCUGUGCUGAGCUUUGACCUACCUAAGGACAUGACCCUCAUCCCCAGCAUUCAGGACAUCAUUACUAUCUCCCCCCCUGAAUCCAAAAAAGGAGCAGUGGCUGAUACAGACCCUCACUCCCAGAGACACACAGCCCUGAGCUCUUUCAAACAGAAUCGACCUCCUCCUGCCAUCACACACAGUUCAACAGAUACCUGCUUUUCUGAAACACAGACUUUGACAGUUGUAGCAAAAGAUCUGCCUGAUAUGGACAAGAGUUUCCAGCCACCACUUCCAUUUUCCCUUGCAGAGCGUGAGGCUCAGACUCAUAAUGACAUGUCUAAAACCCCGGCCAGUUUGCAUGAAAGUGCAGAGCAGGAGUGGGACAAAAUGCCAUCAGAGGUUAAAACCAGUACAGCAGAAAGGGAUGAGACCAGCCACUCUUCUCAACUCCCUAUUUAUGUGAACCAAGGCCAAAGUAUCACUAAACAUAAACAUGAGUGUCCCAGUGUUCAUACACUCAUUCGAGACCUAAACGGACACCAGUACCAUAAAGGUGCAAGAACCCGGAGUGUGCGUGAAGAGAGCCUUCAGUGUCUGAGUCAAGCUUCUCACAUUGUUGUGAAUCUGAAGUCAACAACGAGUCUUCGUCAUAACUCAGUCGAUGCUGGGAUCGCCACUUCCAGCAGAAUCAAGGUUUGCACUGAAGCACCGUGCCCAGAUAUUCUGCAGCCUAAGGGAGUAGUGGGGAGGCUCAUGUCCCUUGAAGUGGGAGGUAUAGACUGUACUAACACAAGAGAGAACAGAAAAACAUCCUCAGGCCCAUCUCCAUACUCAGAAGUGCUAGAAACAGAGCCUGUCCACCUCAACCACCAGCAGUUUGAGGAGGAAGAAGAAGAACUGGAGGACAUCUGGAACCAGACAAGCUACAGGCAAAGCAUCUCCUCAGACAUCAUGUACCAGCCCAGCCAGGAGGAGCAUGAACCCUCAGACCAAUCCAGAGACCUGGAAUCUCGCUCAGCUUCACCAAAGACCCCACCUGUGCUCUACAGGAACUUGGUCACAGCCUCUGCACCCAACCUCCUUGUGGCCGAGUUCAGACUGCCAUCUUACAUUCAGAACUUGCUGGGUUAUGACAAGGAGCAGAGCCCAGAAGCCCGCUUCCCUCCACUGGCUAUAGGAGACAGGAGGUCCUGGGCAGCAUUUCCUAACAGGGAACUGGCCAGCAAAACUUUAGUGGCAGUGAAUGAGACAGCAUCGGAUUCAGUGAAACUGCCGGAUAUAGGUGACAAUCGCAGAUAUAUUUAUCAAUAUAGAGAAGAUGAGGAGGAAGAGGAGGUGGAGGAGGCAAAGGUGGGGAAGGAGGCAGACGAGCACACAGGUUGUUCAAAGGACCAGUCAGUGAGUCUACUGUCAGUUCAUAUGGAUGUGCAUGGGCCCUGUCCGCAAAGAAAAGCAUCACAAAGCCUGGAGGACAUGGAGAAGCAAGAAGACCAGGUGGCCACCGGAGGGCGCUGUGUCAGCCUGAGUGAAAAGUCUGAGCUGCUGUCUAUGGAAGGAACACUUGAGAGGAAGCACAAGCUGCAGCUGGGAGGAAAGAAAGCGGCCUCCAGAGGCGGGAGCUCCUACCUAUUUUCACAGGCGGACUGCAGAGGCUGGAGCUCCUACCAUGCCGUCCUACAUAGACAUACCUUGUGCUUCUACCAGAACAGAAAAGAUACACUGAAGAGUUCUGCAUGUGGCCUGCCACUGAACCUCAUGGGAGCUGAGUGCUCACUUGCACCAGAUUAUACCAAGAAACCCAACUGCUUUCGACUACUGCUCCGUGAUGGAUCUGAAUAUCUGCUCAAUGCGUCCUCAUGCUUUAUGAUGAAGAAAUGGAUGAUGAAAAUACAAGCAAACACAGGUCACAGUGAUUCUGUAUGUUCAGUAUCAAAUGUCCCAGUUGAUCCAGACCUCGCCAUUUCUCUAAAUUCCUCCCCCUGCUCCCAACAUGAUUUCACCCCCACGUUCCCCAGGUGCAACCCAGUGGGUCCUGCUCAACCCACAGAGAUUGUUGUACUCACCAGAGAGUUCAGUCAUAUGCCACAGAGUGACUUAAGGAGUUUGGAUGAGCAGUCAACCAGCUCAUCUUCACAUGGAGGCUACUGUGGUGACGAUGAAGACAGUUUAAAGCAGACGAUGGCUCACAGCCUGGCUGGAGCAUCCAGAGACACCACCUCCUCCUCCCCUCACUCCCUUGUGUCCAGUGGUCAGGAUUGGCUCAUCAACAAGCGUUGCUCCCACUCCUUCACAUCAGCAACUUAUCAGAAGAUCAAACCUGUUUUGCCUAACCGUGGAGGCCUGGAAAGGGGCUCCAACUACUGUGUGACUCUUGUGGUUGGAGACAGGUCAUCGGACAGCAGAUCCAGAAACUCUGAGCCUCCACUGCUGGCCAUGGCCGGAUUGCAGCAGGACACCUAUCUGGACUCUGCUCUGAGGAACUACACCAGCCUGCCACGGGCACACAACAAGUCCGUCUUCAAGAAGUUCUUUGGGAAAAGGGAGCUCUGAGUUUUUAAAAAAUAUUACUAAUAAAGGGGUUUUAACAAAUAGUUUUUAAUGUGCAGUGCACAUAUUAAGCAAAACAAAUGCUAUA